AUGGAUAGGUCAUGGAUGCAUGCUGAUAGGAGGUCUUACAAAUAUAAGUUAGGGGUGGGACUAUUUUGUCAAUUUGCUGUAGACCAUGCUAGAGAUCGGAACCACAUUUGUUGUCCUUGCACAAACUGUGGAAAUGUGGAAUAUUUCUCUGCUAGUGUGAUAAAGGAUCAUUUAUUUGUGAAUGGGAUUGACCCUGGUUAUGAGAAAUGGACAGAGCAUGGGGAGGUUGAUGUUGAGUCGGCGGGAUCAGAAAGUGAUGAUGAUAGCAUAGAGUUAGAGUCUCUUGAAUCUGAAUCAGUUAAGGAUAAUAUAGGGGCAGAUUGUGAAGUUGAAUUAGAUAGCGAUGUGCGGUUGGAAGGUGAUGAGGAUGAGGAGAUUUCAAGUGAGUGUAGUGAAUUCAGGCAGUUUGUAGAGGAUGCCAACAAACCCUUAUACCCUGGUUGCGAUAGGCAUACCAAGAUGAAUGUACUUGUGAGGCUUUACAACUUGAAAGCCAAGCAUGGUAUGACUGAUGCGGCUUAUUCGGACUGGUUGAUUGCCUUUUCGGAGUAUCUUCCUAUUGGAAAUGAGAUACCUACGUCAGUGUAUGAGGCAAAGAAGGUUUUGAGUGCUCUAGGAAUGGAUUAUAGAAAAAUCCAUGCUUGCCCCAAUGACUGUAUUCUCUACAGAAAACAGUUUAAAAAGAUGUUUCAGUCAGUUGAAACAUCUAAGAAUUUAACUUGGCAUGCCACAGAGAGAAACAAAGAUGGCUUCAUUCGUCAUCCCGCUGAUUCGAAAUCUUGGAAGUUAGUGGAUGAAAAGUGGCCAGAUUUUGGUUCUGAGCCACGAAACCUACGACUAGCAUUAUCAUCAGAUGGGUUCAAUCCAUAUAGCUCCUUAAGUAGCAAGUACAGCUGUUGGCCAGUAAUUUUGGUAACCUACAAUCUGCCUCCAUGGCUAGUAAUGAAGAGGAAACACAUGAUGCUUACCUUAUUGAUAUCAGGGCCUAGACAACCAGGAAACGAUAUUGAUGUUUACCUUGAACCGUUAAUAGAUGACUUAAAGUUGUUAUGGGAAGGAGUUAGGGGAGUUUAUGAUGCGAUUAGAAAUGAAAAUUUUACUCUCAAGGCAUUACUAUUCUGGACAAUCAAUGAUUUUCCAGCGUAUGGUAACCUUUCAGGGAGUAUAGUUAAAGGCUAUAAUGCGUGUCCGAUUUGUCUUGAGAAAACAGAACCCACGAGACUAGUUCAUGGAGGGAAGAUGGCUUACACCAUUCAUAGGCGGUUUUUAGGAAGGCACCAUCCAUAUCGAAAGCUAAGGGCUGCUUUCAAUAACCGCCCAGAACAUGCAGCAGCUCCAGUGCCGUUAACUGGAGAAGAAGUGUUGAGCAGGUUAGACUCAGAAGUUCCAGAUUGGCCUUUUGGGAAGAAAUUUCCCCCUCCUCCUUAUAAGGGGGCUGAAGAUGAAACUAGGCCUUGCUGGAAGAAGAAAUCUAUAUUUUUUCAGCUAGAGUAUUGGAAGUUUCUCCCUGUUAGACACUGCCUUGAUGUCAUGCACAUUGAAAAAAAUGUGUGUGAUAGUCUAAUCGGGACGUUACUGAACAUUCCUGGAAAAACUAAAGAUGGACUAAAAACUCGGUUAGAUAUGGUGGAAAUGGGUAUAAGACCAGGAUUACAGCCCAAUGUAGAUUGUCCGAAAAAGAAACGCUUGCCAUUGGCAAGCUGGAACCUAACAAUGGAUGAGAAAAGAUGCAUGUGUGGCUCUUUUCAUGGCAUGAAGGUUCCUGAAAAUUAUUCUUCAAACAUUAGUAGCCUGGUUUCAAUGGAUGAAUUAAGUUUGAGUGGACUGAAAUCGCAUGAUUGUCAUGCCUUAAUGCAACAAUUACUUCCCGUUGCAAUCCGUGGUGUGCUUGAAAAACCUGUCAGAAUUGCCAUAAUAAGGCUUUGUCUAUUUUUUAAUGAAAUCUGUAGUCCCACUAUAGAUCCUUCAAGGCUUCCACAAAUUCAAGCAGAUCUGGUCGAAACAUUGUGUGAGCUUGAAAAGUAUUUCUCUCCUUCUUUCUUUGACAUAAUGAUACAUCUUACGGUUCACUUGGUUAGAGAAGUUGAGUUAUGUGGGCCAGUUUGCUUCCGAUGGAUGUAUCCUUUUGAAAGGUAUAUGAAGGUGUGCAAGGGAUAUGUUAGAAACAAAAGGCAUCCAGAAGGCUGCAUAGCAGAAUGCUACAUUGCUGAAGAGGCAGUUGAGUUCUUAGCAGAACUUUUCUUCGACGACAAGACUGUUGGCAUCCCAACAGCCCCCAACAUGGAGGACAGGCCUACAUCGGGUGCUAAUAUUGAGUCUGUUUAUGGCAAGGACUUUGACCAAGCUCAUCUCUGCGUGCUUCAAAACACCGAAGAAUUCAGAAGCUACUUUGUGGAACACUUGGAGUAUUUGAAGCGGGAAUUCCCAAAGUACAAAAAGAAUGACAAGUGGCUAGUAGACAAGCAAAACCAGACUUUUGCAGAUUGGGUGAAAGACAGGGUUGCAUCUGACCUUAUUAAUCCUGGUUUUGAGUGCCCUGAGAUUGUUAAGUGGCUAGCAGAUAAACCAUGCCAUGAAGUACCGAAGUUCAGUGGCUAUAGAGUAGGCGGAGUGCAGUAUAACACAAAACGCCGGGAUAAUCUGUUGCAAAGACAAAGUAGUGGGGUUUACUUGGUUGCUGAAACGCCUCAAGUGGCUAGUGCUAGGGACAAGAACCCUAUUACUCAUGACAUGAGCUUUUAUGGGGUUAUUACUGAAAUAUGGGAGCUAGACUACGAUCAUUUUAGGGUACCUAUAUUUAAGUGUGAUUGGGUAGAGAAUGAGAAGGGUGUUAGGGUAGAUGAGUUUGGUUUCACUUUAGUAAAUUUGAAUAGGAAGGGGCAUCAAAAUGACAGCUUUGUUUUGGGAAAAUGUGUGCAACAAAUUUUUUAUGCUCAGGACCCCAUAGAUCAUAGGUGGUCAGUUGUGUUGAAGGUCCCGAAAAAAGACUACACAGAUUCUGUUUCGAUGGAUGAGCUCGGGGACACUGUUAUUUCCCAUCAUGCUGGUGCAAGUACUGUGCCUGCUAUUCAGUCACUUGAUCACGUGACGGAUGAGGAACCGACGGGUUACCUGCGGGCAGGGGAGGAGGAUAUAUUCGUUGAUGGAGAAUAG